CAGCAACAGGCGGCGUGCGGCACCACUCCUCUCCCGACGACGAAGGAGGUCACACGCUUCAAGAUAAAAAGGUCUCAAUUCCGACAUCAUGGUUAAGGCAGUGGGAAUCGACCUGGGAACAACGUACUCCUGCGUCGGAGUCUUCCAGCAUGGCAAGGUGGAGAUCAUCGCCAACGACCAAGGCAACCGCACCACGCCUUCCUACGUCGCCUUCACGGACACAGAGCGCCUCAUUGGAGAUGCGGCCAAGAAUCAGGUCGCUAUGAAUCCCAAUAACACUGUGUUCGAUGCCAAACGAUUGAUUGGGAGGAAAUUCGAAGACUCGUGUGUGCAGGGGGACUUGAAGCACUGGCCCUUCAACGUGAUCAGCGAUGGAGGCAAACCCAAGAUCGCGGUGGAGUACAAAGGAGAGAAGAAGACCUUCUUCCCAGAGGAAAUCUCUUCGAUGGUUCUCAUCAAGAUGAAGGAAACAGCAGAAGCCUAUCUGGGAGGAAUCGUCAAAGAUGCGGUUAUUACCGUUCCUGCAUAUUUCAAUGAUUCGCAGAGACAGGCAACUAAGGAUGCUGGUACAAUUGCCGGCCUCAAUGUCUUGCGUAUUAUCAAUGAGCCAACAGCAGCCGCCAUUGCGUAUGGCCUUGACAAGAAAGUGGGAGGUGAACGAAAUGUUCUUAUCUUCGAUCUGGGAGGUGGGACGUUCGAUGUCUCAAUCCUUACUAUUGAGGAUGGCAUCUUCGAAGUGAAGUCAACAGCUGGAGACACUCACCUGGGAGGCGAGGACUUCGACAACAGACUUGUCAACCACUUCAUGAAUGAAUUCAAGCGCAAGUUCAAAAAGGACUUCACCGACAACAAGCGUGCUGUUCGCCGCCUUCGCACAGCAUGUGAACGAGCGAAGAGGACACUUUCUUCAUCUACGCAGGCCAGCAUCGAGAUCGAUUCCCUGUGUGAUGGCGUGGAUUUCUAUACCUCCGUCACUCGUGCUCGCUUUGAGGAACUAUGCGCCGAUCUUUUCCGUGGAACGCUUGAACCCGUUGAAAAGUCUCUCCGCGACGCUAAGAUGGACAAGGCUCAGAUCCAUGAAAUCGUUUUGGUGGGUGGAUCCACAAGGAUACCAAAGAUCCAAAAACUCCUGCAAGACUUCUUCAACGGAAAGGAGCUGAAUAAGUCCAUCAACCCAGACGAGGCCGUUGCUUAUGGAGCUGCUGUCCAGGCGGCUAUCUUGGUAGGAGACAAGUCUGAGGCUGUACAGGACCUGCUACUUUUGGACGUAACUCCCCUCUCAUUGGGCAUUGAAACAGCGGGUGGCGUGAUGACCGCUCUCAUCAAACGCAACACAACCAUUCCCACGAAGCAGACCCAGACGUUCACGACCUAUUCCGAUAACCAGCCAGGAGUGCUCAUCCAAGUGUACGAGGGCGAGCGAGCCAUGACCAAGGACAACAAUCUCUUGGGGAAAUUCGAGCUCGCCGGCAUUCCUCCGGCUCCGCGAGGCGUGCCGCAGAUCGAAGUCACAUUUGACAUUGAUGCCAACGGCAUUCUAAACGUCUCUGCCAUUGACAAGUCGACUGGCAAAGAAAACAAGAUCACCAUAACCAAUGACAAGGGUCGUCUCUCCAAGGAAGAGAUCGAACGCAUGGUUCAUGACGCCGAGAAGUACAAGGCGGACGACGAAAAGCAGCGGGAACGCAUUUCUGCCAAGAACAGCCUCGAGUCCUACUGCUUCAACAUGAAGUCGACAGUGGAGGACGAGAAAUUCAAGGAUAAGGUCGCCGAGGAAGAUCGCAACAAAAUCCUUGAAGCCUGCAAUGAAACCAUCAAGUGGCUUGAUGCCAAUCAGCUUGGGGAGAAGGACGAAUAUGAACACAAACAGAAGGAGGUUGAAAAUAUCUGCAACCCCAUCAUCUCGAAGAUGUACGCGGCUGCAGGAGGAGCCCCAGGCGGUGCCUCAGGAAGAGGUGCAUCAGCCAGUGGCCCAACCAUCGAGGAGGUCGAUUAACUUGAUUCAUUCCUAUUACAGAGACCCCUUUUUCACUGUAUACCCCACUUUUUCCUGUCAAAAAAUGUUCUAUAUUCUCAGAUUGUAUGUAUACAUGUGGAUAUUUAUUGUUGCAGCUACUUUGAGGAAAGAAGGCAUUAUUUUUGUGAAAGAUAUGUUGAUAAUUGGAAAAUCAAGCCGUACAUUUUAGUUUGUGAGGAAAAAAAGUGAUGAAUAUAUUGGUUUGCUAUUAUGUUUUCUUUUAUAUUCAGUGGUUCUUACAUUUUCAGUUGCUUGUUCAGGAAAGUUUUCAAAGAUUUCAAUUUUGUUCUCUAUUUAUGAAUUAUAUGCUAAUCACACCUUAAAGUUACCCAGCCUAGUUUGUAAGAUAAUUUAUUUUUUCUUUAUGAAUAUUGAAUGGAUAAUAACACUUAUAACUGAUCAAAUGUCACUGUCACUUGUCGACUUGCAAAUUAAUCGUUCAGCCAUCUGCAACAAAUAUUGUCACGUAUUUAGGAAAAUUUAAGAUAAAUUGUAAACUCGGAUUGCUUUGAAACAUUCCAUAUACCACUUUAUUUGAUUUUUGGAACAAUAUAAAAGGAAAAGCUUCAUUAUUUAUUUUUAUGAAAGAUAACCUGCUUAAUUGUUCCAGUGUAAAGGAAUUUCAUUAUUUUUAAUGACGUAACUGAUUCACUUUAAUUUCCAGUGUUUAUUUCUGCAUACAGCACGUGGUUCACCUAACUUACUUGUUACUGCAUGAUAGGACCAUAAAUAAUAAUUUCAUGUUCUGAAACUUUACAUUUAGUAUUUUGACGCUUCAUGGAACAAAGCAAAAGAUUCUUGUUUAUUUAGGGGUGAAUGUGCUUCUUUCGAGAAAAGUACAAUAUAGCCUUGCAGAACCCUAAACAAAAAUAGUAGACGUUCUUAAGAAUAACAAGUUAUUACAGGAAAUUAUAUAUGCAACAUUUAUUACUAUAUCAUCACAGUUUAUUACGUCAUUUUGGACCAAUAAAGUCUAAAAAGUA